CCGAGCCCCCGGCCCGGCCCGGGGCUGGUGGCGGCGGCGCUGGGCGCCCGGCCCGGCCCGGCCCCGGCCCCGGCCCCGGCCCCGCCGAAUGCAUGAGGUUGAUGCUCCUCUGCUGCACCUGGAGGGAAGAACGUAUGGGAGAGGAAGAAGGAAGUGACCUGCCCGUGUGUUCAAGCUGUGGCCAGAGCAUCUAUGAUGGGCAGUACCUCCAGGCCCUGAAUGCUGACUGGCAUUCCGACUGCUUCAGGUGCUGUGAAUGUGGCGCCUCCCUCUCCCACCAGUACUAUGAGAAGGAUGGGCAGCUCUACUGUAAGAAGGACUAUUGGGCCCGCUACGGCGAGUCGUGCCAUGGGUGCUCUGAGCAAAUCACCAAAGGGCUGGUCAUGGUGGCAGGGGACCAGAAGUAUCAUCCCGAAUGCUUCAUCUGCCUCACGUGUGGGGCCUUCAUUGGUGAUGGGGACACCUAUGCCCUGGUGGAACGAUCCAAGCUCUACUGUGGGCAUUGCUAUUACCAAAUGGUGGUGACUCCGGUCAUCGAGCAAAUCCUGCCCGACUCACCAGGGUCCCGCCUCCCACAUACAGUCACCUUGGUGUCAAUCCCGGCCUCCGCCGAUGGCAAACGAGGCCUCUCUGUGUCCAUCGACCCGCCGUAUGGCCAGCAGGGCUGUGGCUCUGAUCAUGCCCACACUGUUCGAGUUCGAGGAGUGGACCCAGAUUGUAUCAGUCCCGAUAUGAAGAACUCCAUCCACAUUGGAGACAGGAUCCUAGAAAUCAAUGGUACUCCCAUCCGGGACGUCCCCUUAGAUGAGAUCGACCUGCUGAUCCAGGAGACCAGCCGCCUGCUCCAGCUGACCAUUGAGCAUGACCCCCAUGACGUCCUGUUCCACGGCGCAGCCCCGGAGGCCAGCCCUCUGGCAGAUCUGCGAAGCCCACUGUGUUCCCCAGCCCGAACCCCCAACACAGAAGCGGGGGGGCCUGUCCGGCAGAAGCCUGUCCUGAGGAGCUGCAGCAUUGACAAAUCGCCCUGUGGCAGCUCCCUGGGCUCGCCAGCCUCCCAGCGGAAGGACCUGGGCCGCUCCGAAUCCCUCCGAAUCGUCUCUCGGACCCACCGCAUCUUCCGGCCCUCCGACCUCAUUCAUGGCGAAGUUCUGGGCAAGGGCUGCUUUGGACAGGCCAUCAAGGUGACUCACCGGGAGACCGGCGAGGUGAUGGUAAUGAAGGAGCUCAUCCGCUUUGACGAGGAGACGCAGAGGACGUUUCUCAAAGAGGUGAAGGUGAUGCGGUGCCUGGAGCAUCCCAAUGUGCUCAAGUUCAUCGGGGUGCUCUACAAAGACAAGAGACUGAACUUCAUCACGGAGUACAUCAAGGGCGGCACCCUCCGGGGAAUCAUCAAGAGCAUGGACAGCCAGUACCCAUGGAGCCAGAGGGUCAGCUUUGCCAAGGACAUUGCCUCUGGAAUGGCCUAUCUGCAUUCCAUGAACAUCAUCCACAGAGACCUAAAUUCUCACAACUGCCUGGUGCGAGAGAACAAAAAUGUUGUCGUGGCCGACUUUGGGCUGGCGCGGCUCAUGGUGGAUGAGAAGAACCCGCCAGACCAGCUGCCGAGUCUGAAGAAGCCGGACAGGAAGAAGCGCUACACCGUGGUGGGGAACCCUUAUUGGAUGGCCCCCGAGAUGAUCAACGGGCACAGCUACGACGAGAAGGUGGAUGUCUUUUCCUUCGGCAUUGUCCUCUGCGAGAUCAUUGGCCGGGUGAACGCUGACCCCGACUACCUUCCCCGCACGAUGGACUUCGGCCUCAACGUGCGUGGAUUCCUGGAUCGAUACUGUCCCCCCAACUGUCCACCGAGCUUCUUCCCCAUCACCGUCCGCUGCUGUGACCUCGACCCCGAGAAGAGGCCAUCUUUUGUGAAGCUGGAACAGUGGCUUGAGACCCUCCGCAUGCACUUGGACAUCCAUCUCCCCCUGGGACCACAGCUGGAGCAGCUGGAGAAAGGCUUCUGGGAGACCCACAGGCGGGGCGAGAGCGGGCUGCCCAUGCACCCUGAGGUCCCCGACUGAGCCUGCCUGGACGACCCGCCCUCCCGGCCCUGGCCCCGCACAGGAGUCAGUCCCCGUCUCAGAUAGCAUCAGCAUCUGCUCACAUUGACAGAGCAGGAGGGAGGGGAAGGGAAAGCCCUCCCCCGCCCCAUCCACAGCCCCCCCCCCCAUCCCCCUCCUGGGAACCAUCUGAGCCCCCCUCCAGUGCACAGGCAUCAUCUCCUUCCCACAGCUCGCCACACCCUAGGGUCUGGCCCUAACUCAGGAGCUGUCCUUCCUUAGAGGAGGCUAAGCCAGGUUUGCAACUCAGGAUCUCCUGGGGCUUGGGGACAUGGGCAGGGGGGCGAUGGGGCACCCUUCCCCCCUGCCCCGAGACCCCACCCCAUGAAGCCUGGGGGGAGGGAGGGGGCAGAGAGAGAAUGUGUCUAGAAAGUCGCCAUUGGUGACCAGCUUCACAUUUCAGCAAUCAUACCCCCUCCCCCAUCUUUCCCCCCACCCACCAAUCCCUGCCACCCAACCUUUCACUUCUGUCCUUUACCAAGGUUACCUCCCACAGUCUCUUCUGUCCUGUCCUCACCCUCACUGUGACUGUCCUUGGCUUCUAGUAGUGGCUGCUCUCCCCCUAGCCUUGUCCAUAGCUCACUUGCUCCCGCCCCUCGUCUCUGGGAUCAGCCCAAAGCGUGGCCCUCGCUGGCACCUUGGUCCAGGUGAUGCUUCUGUUGCCAUCCUUUGUUCUCACUAGCUUUGGCCCUGCAUGAGCUCAAACCAUCAUCGUGAGCCACCCCCCCCCCAUACUGCCAACCCCCAAGUUGUGAUCCUGGGACACAUCUUUCUAUUCCUCUCCCCCUCCCACUUGUGGUGGUGAUAGGCCACAAGGCGGGGCCUGGGAAAGGAAGAGAAGCUGCCCCCUCCACUCCUUGAUGGGAGGAACGAAGGAGGGGCUGCCCCGUCCCUGGAGGGAGAGCCAAGGGACCAUCACUGGUACUUCUAGCAUCCCUCGCAUGUUCUGUCUUAGCUGAGUGGUGCCUUGGGUGUGAGGGGAUCCGUACCAGAAGGGAAUGAAGAGGCAGAGAGGCACAAAACCCUGAGGUUAUCAUUCUUGUCUUCAUUUUUUUGUUUUUCAAAUAUAGAACUUCCGGGAAUCGCUCAUAAGGUUUUAUAGGGCGUUGCUCCAAAUGUGUGUUCCCUAAGAUUGGCUUUUUCGGGAUGUCUUCUCUCCCAUCCCCCCUGCUGUUGAAAGUUUGUCCUUGUUUCAGGGAAUACGUAAGGGGUGGGGUGUGUGUGUGUGUGUGUGUGUGUGUGUGUGUGUGUGUGUGUGUGUGUGUGUGUGUGUGUGUGUGAGUUGUAAACAGACAUAAAGGUCUGCUGUCCAGUUGCACACGCCUCGAGAUGGAAAUGCACAUGUAGAUUGUCUCAAAAUUCAACCUCAUCUAAUAUCUGCAUGGUGCUCACGACCUUUCAAAGCCCUUUCUUUCACAUUCAUUCACUCAUUUGAGCCGCACAACAACUUUGUUGUCUAGACACAUUAGGCAUUAAUUAUCAUCCCCACUGUCUAGAGCCGGGGUCCAAGCCCCAGGUGGGUGAAAUCACUUGCUGAUGGUCACACCUGGGGCGCAGGGACUAGAGCCAUAUUGAAGAAUAGGUCCAAACUAGGAGGGGCCUCAGAAAUCAUAUCAUCUCAUGCCCUUCACAGAUCGGAAAAGAGUGUCAGGAGCAGAGUGGAGUUCUCUCAGCGAUGGCACGCUGGCACCUCUGGACAGAGAGGAGACUCUAGUUGGAGUCAAUGGCCAAGCCAGGAUUAGAACCCAGCCUCUGUGUGUGUGUGUGUGUGUCUAUGUCUGUGUGUGCGUGCACACGCAUGCAUGUGGGUGUGAGCGUGGGUGGUGGUCACCUUGCUUGAACACUAGGGGAACCAGGUUGAUAGCUCAAUGGAGCCAGGCCCAGGGCAGCAGGAGAGAGAGGCUAAACUGAUCAGAGAAAGCCAGUCCUGUGCCUGGGAAGCCCCAACAUUGACCCGUUCCUGUCAUGCCUGAAGUCGUGGAGGUGGGAGCUAAAGCCCCCAGGAGCCCAGCUUGGGAGCCUGGCUCUGCUUCGCUGCCUUCCUCCCUCAUCCCAGAGGUUAUUUGGGAAGCCCGGGCAAGGGAAUGCCCUUGUCCCUAGCACAGAGAAAGGGUCCCCUUCCUCUCUGUCAGUAGGUACUGAUCCUUGGGGGGAAAAAACCCUUUAGCUAGAGUAUCCCCCUCCCCUUAUUUUCUUUUCGUUGAAACCACAUCAGAAGUCACUAAAUCCCUCUGUGUCUGUCUCAGCACAGCCCUGCUAGCUGCUUAAAUAGGAGUGCCCAUGGGGCUCUGGGAAGCCAGCGGUGGCACAGUCUCUCAAUUUGUACCCCAAAUAGAGCUGGGAGAGGCUGGGGGUGACAAGAUAGGGAUGGGCUGGGGAAGGGAGACAGCGAGUGUCUGCCGGCAUCUUCCCCAGACCUUCAUCUCAGCCUCCUGGCCCCAUCCUCAAGGAUGGACCAAAGGGAGGUGGAGGAGCAAGGGGAUCUUCAUGCUACUGUUUACCCAGGUUCUUUUGUGUAAUAUAUUUUUUAAAAAGAGUUUGUAUUAUUUUUUCAUACAGGGGCUGUAGGGGUGGGAGGGAAUUGGGGGGUGUUGUUUUGAGGGGAGAAGGGGUAUCUUUCUUUUGUUUGGGGACCAUUUUUUUUUCCCACUCUGCCUCAGUUGAGCUUACAGGAAAGUAUUAAAACUGUGACGCAUUUCUCAGUGCACUUUGGCCUGGAAGGAAAAAAAAAAAAAACUAGAAAUGGGAUAUUUCUUUAAGGAGGUGGGAAGUGCGCCCUCCAGACCUGUGAUAACACACAAUAAAAUCCAUACUUUCCACCCACCA